AUGCUAAUCAUAGACUGCCAGGCAAGCUCAGCAAUAUUCCGCUCUGAAUGGGAGAAGGUCUAUUUCGAGACCUGGAUCUCGGCCAAGACUGAGCUCUGUGGAGAUGAACUCUUCGACGUAUUUUCCGUCAUGGUCACGCAAGUGGCAACUGAAAACUGCCUCUUGUUGGAGGCCGUCCUGGCGCUCGGGGCGCUCAAGAUUGCGCUGAUUCAACAGACUGAUCUGCUUCCGAUGGAACAGUCAAGAUCAAGCGUGCAUUAUCGUACAGCGUUAUCGAGAUACGGCAACGCAAUGCGUACCUUGGUUGCCGUAGCCGCCGACGAGGAUACAAUCAGCACCAUUCUCCAGUGCUGCAUCGUCUUCUUCUGCUUCGACCUACUGGACGGAAACCACAAGGCAGCACACGUUCACAUUCACUAUGGAACUCGAAUCCUCCGAAACUUUCUGAGGGCUAGAUGCCCCGGAACGGACCUCGAUAUUUGCGCCAACUCUCCUGCGCCCUAUCUCAUUGAUGGUUCAAUGGUUCACAUCUUCCAAAGAUGCAAUUCCGUCUCAUACGUACAUCUCGCGCCCAGAAGGCCGUGUCAGCCGUCCGAACCACAGCUCGACACAGGAGUUGACACAUCUACAACUCUCAAGACAAUCUUACCCCAAUCCUUCUCUAGCGUAAAAGAAGCGGUCAGAUGGCUGGACCUAAUCCAGAACGCCCUCUUCGCCCCCGUCAUUGCCUCGAAACAGCCGUCAACCUUGGAGGACAGGUGGAAAACAGCAAGGGAGCGCUUUCUGGAGAUUCUGGAAAAUUGGGCCGUUGCAUUCCGGCCCCAGGCAGCGCGGGAAGUGCAGGCCGGCGGCAACAACCCCCGAACGAGAGAGCAGGUUAUAGCGACGGAGAUGCAGUGGCACAACGCCUACAUCUUCGUCUACACCUCGCACUAUCAUCACUACCCGAGUCUAGUGGAGAUGGAGUCAAGAUUCAGAGCCAUCGUGAACUUGGCUAAUCUCCUGACAGAUCGGCCACACCGAGUCAAGCCGGUCAUACCUUUGACUAUUUCUGGUUCCCUUCUUCCUCUUUUUGCGAACAAAUGUCGGAAUGCCGAGGUACGGCUGGCCGCAGAGAAGGCUGUUCAUCGGCUAAAUCACCGGGUGGAAGGACUCUGGGAUAGCCGUGCAGCCCUGGUCCUGAUUGAAUGGGCCAGGAGAACAGAGGAUGCAUAUAUGGCCCAGUUCGACGACUCCGAGACGGUGUGGACAAGACUUCGUGGCCGAUACAUCCUUUUCGGUGGCCGGCAGGGUGACCAGCCGAAUCAGGCAGUUGUCGGGUCUCAAGUCCUUGAGGACGGGGAGUGGGUGUAUCACGAGGAGACAUUAACGUGGUGA